CUGGGAGCCGAUGAUCUUCUUGUGGAUUGAGCUCCGUGUUUUUUUGCGCUGUUUUAUUUGAAUGCACGCUAGAGAGCGCCCACUCAGUCAGUCAGGCAGGCUGGCAGUCGGAGUCCCACUCAUUCAGUCACUCAAUCGGCCGGCAUCGAGGAGUUUCCUGGGACGCGGAUGGGGAAAGUCCAGCAAUGUGUUGAAAUUGAUCGUAAACAGGAUUAUUGUCGUCGCGUCGCUGCGGUGUUUCUUUUUUUUUUUUGUUUUGUUUUUUAAAUCGGGACGGCGGUUCCACGAAUAGGACGUGUUUAUGGAUCCCUGCGUAGCGGCCAGCAGCACCGGGACAUCAUCCGACGCUCCUCGGUCGCUACUCGGUCAUGACUCGCCUUUUCUGCCCUACCAUUGAACUUUGAUCCACGUAAAAAAAAAAUCGUGAUAAAAAAAAAAGUCGGGGGGGAAGGGGGGUGGAAUAAAAACAAGAAUCCCCCUAUUUUCUUUUUAACUUCUAUAUAGAACGUACUCCUGCGGGGGAGCAUGGCAAUGGUAGUAAACCAGUGGUCAGAGAACAUUUCCGCCGAAGCGGGCUCGCAGCUCGGGCUUUGCGGCCAGGACCCCGGCGGCGCUCCCGGGACGCCCGCCGGCUCCACGCCGGGCAACGACGCGCUCUCCGGGGAUAAGAUGCCCAACGUGGACUGCAUGGUGUGCGGGGACAAGUCGAGCGGCAAGCACUACGGCCAGUUCACGUGCGAGGGCUGCAAGAGCUUCUUCAAGCGCUCCGUGCGCCGGAACCUGUCGUACAGCUGCCGGGGGAACCGAGACUGCCCCAUCGACCAGCAUCACCGGAACCAGUGCCAGUACUGCCGCCUGAAAAAGUGCCUCAAAGUCGGCAUGAGGAGAGAAGCCGUGCAACGCGGGCGCACGUCUAACUCGCAGAGCAGCCCGGGACAGUACCUGAGCAACGGCGGCGAGGCGUACAACGGGCAGCCGUACCUGUCGGGCUUCAUCUCGCUAUUGCUGCGCGCCGAGCCCUACCCCGCCGGGCGCUACGGUGCCCAGUGCAUGCAGGGCAACAACCUGAUGGGCAUCGAGAACAUCUGCGAGUUGGCCGCCCGGCUCCUCUUCAGCGCCGUGGAGUGGGCCAAGAACAUCCCCUUCUUUCCGGACCUGCAGCUUAUGGAUCAGGUGGCGCUGCUGCGCAUGUCGUGGAGUGAACUGUUCGUCUUGAAUGCGGCGCAGUGCUCCAUGCCGCUGCACGUGGCGCCCCUGCUGGCGGCGGCCGGCCUACACGCCUCGCCUAUGUCGGCCGAGCGCGUGGUAGCCUUCAUGGACCACAUCCGCGUCUUCCAGGAGCAGGUGGAGAAGCUCAAGGCGCUCCAGGUGGACACAGCUGAGUACUCCUGCCUCAAGUCCAUCGUCCUCUUCACGUCCGAUGCCAUGGGCCUGUCGGACGUGUCUCACGUGGAGAGCAUCCAGGAGAAGUCUCAGUGCGCGCUGGAGGAGUACGUGCGCAACCAGUACCCGGGGCAGCCCAACCGUUUCGGGCGGCUGCUGCUGCGCCUGCCGUCGCUGCGCAUCGUCUCCUCGCCCGUCAUCGAGCAGCUCUUCUUCGUGCGCCUGGUGGGCAAGACGCCCAUCGAGACGCUCCUGCGCGACAUGCUGCUCUCCGGCUCCGGCUACAACUGGCCCUACGUGCCGGCCGCCGCCGCCGCCGCCGUGCAACGCGAGCGACCCAUCUCGCUACACUACAACGACAACGGGCCCUGAGGCGAAAGCAACAAGUAAAAGGAUAUUUUUCGGAACGGGGCUUUUAUACGCGGCGGACAAAAUGUACUGUACGUCGGUCGUCCGCCGAGCAGUUCGAGCUCAGGCUGAAAAACGAGGAAUUUAUGGUGCCAAAGUCUAAUUUGCAAUAUUUUGGAGGGGGGUGUGACAAAUGUGUGGAAGUUGAGUGCCACCAGAAUUGGAUUUUCUAAGAGGGAAUUUUCCAGCAUCAAAAUCACGAUACGGAAUUUUGUCAAAAUUCAGCCGAAAACUUUUUACUAUUAAAAAAAAUACAUAUGCUAUAAAACUAUAUUUUUAAAAAACGUCAAAAUUGAGCCACCCAAAAAAAUCUGUCGUGAAACUUUAGCAACACAAUAAUUGUGUUACUAAAGACAAAUUCAGUCACACACCAAGAAAUCUAUUUCAAUUUUGAACAAAAUUGAAAUUUGAACAAAAAUUCAACAAAAUUCAAAACAGAUUUUUUUCCGACUGAAGAUUUCUGUUAGAAAAAAAUUUGGUCGCAAAAAUAUCUAUAUUAGUUCAGAAUUUUUGUGACUGAAAAUUUCUGUAAUUAAAAAAAUCACCGCAAAAAAAGAUCCAUUCAAAUUUCGAAUUUUUGUCAUUUUCUUCAUUCUUCGAACAAAAAAAAUCAGUCACAAAAAAAAACCCAAAUCGAUACGAAGUUUUUGGGAAUGAAUUUUUGCGGCUGAAAAUUUCCCUUAUGAAAAACAUUACCCCAAAGAAAAUCCGUUUAAACUUUGAAUUUUUGUUGAUUAACAUUUUUAACCGGAUCCUGCUACAACAAAAAUUACCCCCCCCAAAAAAAAUCAUUUACAAAAAAUCUAUGAAUUUAAGAUUUUUUUGUCACUGAAAAUUUCUGUUUAAAAAAAAUUCACUAACAAAUCUAUUUGAAUUUAGAAUGUUUGUCAUUUUAAUUUUUUGCAACGUAAUUCUCCCCAAAAAUUCUGUUAUAGAACAAAUCAGUCGCAAAAAAAAUAUGUAUUUCAAUUUCGAGUUUUUGUUGAUUGAUUUUUUUUAAAUUGGAUUCUGCAAAAAAAAAAAAUCUGUAACAAUUUAAGAAUUUUUUGCAACUGAUUUUUUUGUGAACGAAAGUUUCUCUUAUGAAAAAAACCACCUGAAAAAAAAAUCCGUUCAAAUCGAGAAUUUUUGUCAUUUAAUGUUUUGCAACGAAAUUCUACACAAAAAAUCAGUCACAAAAAAACAAUUUAAAAAAAAAAAAAAAAAAUGUUUUUUUUUAACUGAGUUUUUGUGACUGAAAAUUUCCGUUAUGAAAACCAUUACCCGCGAAAAGAAAAUCUGUUUGAAUUUAGAAUUUUUGUUGACUGAAUUUUUUUUAAACUGGAUCCUGAAAAACAAAAUUCUGUUCCAAAAACAAAUCAAUCGCAAAAAUAUCAGUAUGAAUUUAAGACUUUUUUUGUCACUGAAAAUUUCUGUUAAAAAACUUCACUCGCAAAAAAAUAUCCAUUUGAAUUUAGAAUUUUUGGCAUUUCAUUUUUUGCAACGUAAUUCAAAAAGAUCGGUUACAGAACAAUUCAUUCGGAAAAAAAAUAUAUAUAUAUUUUUAAUUUUGGUGUUUUUGCAACCGAAAUCCUGUGACUGAAAAUUUCUGUUAUUAAAAAAAAAAAUGUCUCGCAAAACAAUCCAUUCGAAUUAAGAUUUUUUUGCUAUUUAAUUCUCCAAAAAUUCUGUUCCCCCAAAAAUUAUGUCACAAAAAAAAAACAUUUUUUUGAAUUUCUAAUUUUUGUGACUAGAAAUGUCUGUAAUUACAAAAAAAAAUCCCUGGCAAAAAAAAUCCAUUUGAAUUCAGUUGCAAUAACAUUCAGUCCCCAAAAAAUUGAAUUUUUUGCGACUGCAUUUUCAUCGUUGACGUUUUGCUAUUGAAUUUUUCUCAUUUGAAUUUCUACUACUGAAUUUUUUUUGGGCAGCUGAAGUUUUGCCACUUCAAUUUUUUGGGUCUCUGAAUUUUUCACUACACAAUUUUUGGCAACUGAAUUUUUACGAAUCUAUUCUUUUUUUGUUGUCACUACAUUUUGUAAGCUGAAUUUUGAUGCUGAAAAAAAACCAAUUAUAUCAUAAAAUGAAAUUCAAUUCAAAACUUGGCGGCACAAAAUGAAUUCCACAGCAAUAUCAUAAAAUGAAGUCAAUUGAACAAACUCAGUCCUCCAUGUGUUUGUCAAAAUUUGCCCAAUGAUGGGUUGGCGACCAAUCCAUUUGUAUCCAUUUGUAUCAUAUAAAUUGGAAUGUAAAUCCCGUGUGUCCUGGCGACGAGUCAGUAUUCCACAAAAAAUCCCAAGAAAAAAAAUCAAGGCACUUGCGUGCAUUCAAACAGGAAGUCGUCACGCUGUUUUUUUAACGCAACGAUUGUCACCAAUUUUGGGGGGGAGCGUUUUUUUCGCAAACUAGCUGUACUUGCCUUAGAACAAAAUCACAUUUAUCUUAUGACUGUGCCAUAAUGUGUGGUUACCUGUUAUGACAGGUAUUAACUCUUUGGUCGCCACGGACGGCCAUAGAUCGGACGUCUAUAGCCGUCCGUGGCAGCCAAAGAGUAAACAAAAACCUCAAGUGUUGGUUCCGCUUGGAUCUUUUUUUUUUCCCUUCUUCUGGCAACUGUCCGUGACUUUUAGCGUCCGAGGGUUUGUUUUUUUACGUUCCGACGGACAUUUUUGGGUGAGGAGACGCCUUUUUGGUCGUUUUUUGGUGGUCGACGACGUUUGUAUGUAAAAACAAAACAAAAAAAAGACAUUAUGGACGAACUUGUUUGUUGAAAUAAAAUUUGGUUGUUCACA